UAUCUUUCCACAUGUUAUAGCGGAGGGGCAAGCCCGCACAUGCAGAUGGAAAGUGGACUCAAAAGCAUCCAAACCUUCAUCUGUCGCAUUGGAUGGUUACCGGCGACAACUUGACAUUUGAAGGCUAGUAAUGUUGUGUGGAUGUCAUACGGUGAGGAUGUACAUGUUACCUGUCCGAGGACACUUUAUUAUGGUUGGCUUCAGUACCGUGACAUACGUGAGCCCUAUAUGCCAGCACGUGUUCUGCGACAGGUAGGGAUGGUUCAGACGAUCCCACCAACUAUCCUCCACCCGACGAAGGUCACUCGCAGUCAGGGCAAGCAUAACUACAAGUUGGAUUUUCCAUCGAUUUCUGCGUCAGACGGAUGGAAGACCUUUCCGAUUGGGGGUUGCUUGAAUAUUCUAUUUUAUACCCCAGUCACGUUGGAUGAUUCUGGAGCUACACAUACUGGGUACAUGGAUUGGUAUCAGAAGUACUCACACCCAUUUGUCCUCCCACCGGAGCGUCGCAACAUUGAGACGACGAAUGCCACUACAUGCUUGGUUACCAUAUCUGACGCUGCAAAUGAGGCCAUUGCGAUAGCUAUGGAGGCAGAUCCUGUUAGGGCGGAAACGGUGAAGGAGACAGUUGAAGGUCUCCUGGCUAAUUUUCAUACAUUUAGGCGGUAG